AUCUCUUGAUCAGUAGUGAUUUAAUGCAGCUGAAUACUAAGUAGCUGUGCCACAGCUUGAUGGAGCUCUGUCUUGUCCAGUGUCCUUCUCCUGGAAAUAUCCCUUGAGCUGUAGCCGGCGGAAAGAAGCGUCCAAUAACUGAAUGGGGCAUGUAGGGUUUUGCUGGGAGGACUGGCUCUUAUGUUGCAGGUAGGAGCAUCCUUUUCCCUAUAGGAAAGCAACAUGGGUGUCCUAGGGGACCCCUGUUUGUGUGGCUUGUUGUCCCCUAAUGCAGGGAGGAGCUGGAACAGCCCUCCUCCCUGCUGCCUGUAUCUAUCUCUGGAUGCAGCGGAGGAUGUGGGAUGAGCGCUGGGCUUGCCUUUCGUUCUCUCUCGUUCAUUCGUUCAUGCGUUCGUGUGCCGCAGGGAGGCCGUUGCCAGGCCCCGCGGCCUCUCUGGAGCCUUCCCCCGUUUGCGUGCCUGGGCGAGUGUGCGCCGUUGUCGUCGUCGCUGUCGCUUGCCACAAAAGGGAUCAUGAGCUCUCGCUGAGCGCCCGGCAGCCGGCAGUCCGCUUUGGCAAGCAACGGAGAGAGAGGAGGAGAAGAACUUCCGCAGCCGAGUCUCAGCCCUGGAAGGAUGUGGCGGGCCAGGUGAACAGGAUUUGGUGACGGAGACGGAACCUCUGCAGGACACUUGAAUGGAAAAGCUACAGAAGCACCAGCUGACUUCCCCGGGGAGCGUGGCCUCCUCCCGGGGUUCCAGCGUCCCCGGCUCGCCCUCCAGCAUUGUCGCCAGAAUGGACAAUGAGGUGCUGGGCUACAAGGACCUGGCAGCCAUCCCCAAGGACAAGGCCAUCCUGGACAUUGAGCGCCCGGACCUCAUGAUCUACGAGCCCCACUUCACCUACUCCCUGCUGGACCACAUCACGGAGCGGCCGCGCAGCCGGGAGCGCUCCCUCUCUCCCAAAUCUCUCUCUCCUCCUCCUUCUCCAGAAGUCACUCGGGACGCCAUGGAGGGCAGGUCCCCCAGCAAUGCCUCCCAGACCGCCCUUCGCCGGGCAGGAAGUGCCGCUGGCCGCCUGGGGGUCCACCACUUCCACCAUCCAGACCCCACCACGGUGGAGCUCAACAUCUACAAGAAGCCCCCCAUCUACAAGCAGAGGGAGUUCCCAACGACGCAUGCGCAGCCCCAGGCAGGGAAACACCUCAUUGAGGACCAGAUCAUUGAGUCCUCCAAGUUCCCCGCUGCCCAGCCGCCGGACCCCAACCUACCGGCUAAGAUUGAGACAGACUACUGGCCGUGCCCCCCUUCCCUGGCCGUUGUGGAAACCGAAUGGAGGCAACGGAAGGCCUCCCGGCGAGGAGGAGGCAGCGAAGGGGAGGAAGAGGAGGAGGCGAAGGGCCUGCGGGAGGUGCAGGAGGAGGAGCUGAGUAAGGUGGCCUCCAACCUGGGGAAGCUCAUCCUGAAGGAGGAGAUGGAGAGGGAGCGGUCGCUGCCUAUCCGGAGGAAAACCCGCUCCCUCCCCGACCGGACGCCUCUCCACUCCUCCAGCUCCAAAUCCUCGUCCCUUCCUACCUAUGGGAGAAGCCCCUUGACCCGGCUCCAGUCCACAGAGUUCAGCCCUGCCGGGAGCGAGAAGAGUAGCCCAGGUUUGCAGAAUGGCCAAAGAGGACGUAUGGACAGAGGCAACUCCCUCCCUAGUAUGCUGGAACAAAAAAUCUAUCCGUACGAGAUGCUGAUGGUGACAAACCGAGGGAGAGUCAAACUGCCCCCUGGAGUGGACAGGACGCGGCUAGAGCGGCACCUGUCUCCCCAGGAUUUCCUGCGCGUCUUUGAGAUGCCCCCAGAUGAGUUUGGGAAGCUGGCCUUGUGGAGGCGGAACGAGAUGAAGAAGAAGGCCUUCCUCUUCUGACCCCGGCCACGGCGCCCGGCCUGCAGACCUGCGUGGAGUGUGUCGACCGUCUUGCGCCGCCGGCGUUUGGGGGCUGCCCUUGAGCCGGACCCAAGGAGCUGGGCGUGAGGGCCCCGAGGGAGAAGGAGCAGGUGGCAACGCAAGCUCCCUCCAGCUCUCCCUACUGUGUCUGCUGGCUUCGGGGACGGGACUGUGGGGGACGUGGCAAAGAGGGUGGAGGUGGGCUCCUUGCUGUGGCACCUGCCUCCUCCUCCCUCCACUUCCCAGAUAUCCCUGGGUCCACUGGGGCAGGAAGCAGGCUCCAGGGGCAAUGCUGCCCAAUGGUCUGCACAACUCACCCUCACCUACCCUGCUCUUGGACUCUCUAAACAACUGCCAGCUGAUGUGAGUUGGAGGGGAAUAAGGCUUUCCCCCAAAUCUGGCAGCCUUUCCCACUGUUUUGCCCCACUACCUUUGCUAAGGGAGCCCUGGCCUCUCCCACGAUGAAGCACCACAGCCACCAUCCCAACAUUUGUUGCCAGGAAGAACCCAACUGCCAUUGCUAGAGGGAGGGCUUAGGGUCCAUGUGUUGGAAGAAGGGGGCCCGUAGCCAUGUUCCCCCGCCCUCAGCAUUCUCCCUUCCCUCCCUCUUUUCCUUGAUGCCUUAGAAUAGCACACAGGGGCCACCUUACCCACCCCACCAGCCCCACCAACCUCUAUUCCAAAGCCGCCUAUUCCCCUGUACCCCACCUGUCUCCUUGCUUUUUUCACCUGCCUUGCCACAUACCUCUGUCCCAGACCCACGGCCUCCUCCCUCCCAGCCACCUCAGCCCCCCAGUUCUUUGCUUCCACUCCUUGCCCCACACCCCACAUCCUGCCUGUUUUCCUUAGGCCCAAUGGCAGAUUGGGACCAGGAUUUUAGGUCUCAACCCAGACUGGUAUGACCCCUCUGAAUGGCCUCCCUGCCCUUAUUUUGAGGUACACUGCCCUGGUCUGUUGAGACCAGUGAUGCCAACUCUGUGGCCAGGGACUUGAGCUAUGACUUUUCUCCAGCCAUGACCUGGCACUCCUUGGCAGCCUCUCCAAGGAGGAGCCUGGCUCUGGUUUGCUUCUAGAGCAGGCAUGGGCAAACUUCGGCCUUCCCUCCAGGUGUUUUGGACUUCCAACUCCCACAAUUCCUAACAGCCGGUAGGCCAGGUAUGGGCAAACUUCGGCCUUCCCUCCAGGUGUUUUGGACUUCCAACUCCCACAAUUCCUAACAGCCGGUAGGCCAGGUAUGGGCAAACCCAGGCGCGGUGGCCGGAUGAGACCACUUGGGUUCUUUUCUCAAGCCCUCAUCUCUCUCACCAUCCUAUCCUUCCAAUUUCCUUUCU